GCAAGGAAGCAAGAAAGGAAGGCUCUCAUCGAUUGCAAACAGCAGCAGCCGACCUUCUUCCAUGGCUCAAAGGUUGAGAGGGAAAGUAGCUCUGAUAACGGGCGCCGCAAGUGGGAUAGGCGAGAGCACUGCCAAAUUGUUCCAUCGCCAUGGUGCCAAGGUCAUGAUCCUGGACAUCCAGGACGAAUUGGCCGAAAAGGUUGCCCGGGAAAUUUCCUCCUCCGGCGACGACGCCUCCUACGUCCACUGCGACGUGACCAACGAGGACGAUGUCCGUUCCGCCGUCGACAGAGCCGUGGCCAAGUACGGCAAGAUCGAUGUGAUGUUCGGCAACGCCGGCAUUCUCGAGAAAUCGACGCGGAUAGCCGACUUCCCGAUAUCCGACUUCCAGAAGGUCAUCAACGUCAACCUUACGGGAUGCUUCUUGGCAGCCAAGCACGCGGCGAGGGUGAUGAUUCCCCAGAGGAAAGGCAGCAUAAUCUUCACAGCGAGCGUAGCCUCGGUCAUGGGUGGCGCCGCCAAUUAUGCCUACACAGCUUCGAAGCACGCGGUGGUGGGGCUGACCAGGAACUUGGCGGCAGAGCUUGGGCAGUUCGGCAUAAGAGCCAACUGCAUCUCACCUUCCUUGGUGCCGACUCCGCUGUCCUCCGGCUUACUGGGCUUGAGCGACGCCGAUCUCGAGGAGGUUGGGCAUCAGAACUCCCCUUUGAAGGGGGUGACCUUGAAAGCAGAGGACAUUGCAGAGGCCGCUCUCCAUUUAGCUAGCGACGAGUCGAAGUUCACCAGCGGACUCAACCUUGUCGUGGACGGGGGAUUUACAGUCACAGAUCGAGAAAUAAACGUCUUCAAAGGUUUAUAUUGAGAGGGGAGGAGCAAAAUUCUUGUUUCCACAUGUUGCUCACAUAUAAAAUUGUUGCUUCUCAGUUCAUCAGGACUCCCUAGUUCCUUCUGCUGUGUUUGUAAUUCAUCAAUGAAAACCUUUGAACCUUGAAGAUCCAGUGAAAUGGAAGAACAUAUGUCGGAUA